UACACCAACCAGCCGACCUAUUGGCAUAUUGAUGAUAUUAAAAUCAUUUUCCGCACAAAAACAUAUUUUGCAGACUUUUGUUAAGAAACAAUGAAAAUGUUACUGCAGUAGAGAAAAACUCCUGUAGUGAACCUCUCCGAUUGUUUCGUAUUAAAAGCUGAUUGGCCGGAGGCUGUAAACGUCAUAGGCAGUUUAAAAAUUCAAAACAACAGCCUUUUGUCGUGGACGUGUGUACCCGGAGACUCUUUCAACGUGUAAAAUGGAGGCGUUGGGAGAUGGUCUCAAGCUGAUGGUUAAAGUCUUCAGGCGUGAGUGCCACAGGGUUUUACACUCUGAGAGGACCACCAUUCAUGGCGCGGAUGGCAUGCUGAUGUUACUGCAGCUCGCCAUGGCUGAAGUUCGCAAGCAGCGCGCCGGAGACUUCAAAGUGGCCCUGAGCGACGUCCUGGUGGCCUGGAAGCACUUACUGCUGGACAAACUUCACCUGCAACCCCCCGACGUUGCGCGCUUGGAGAGCUAUGAUCUCAUCCGGGAGGCUUACGAGUCCUCCCUGAAGCGCUCCAACGCCGUGGACCUGGUUGAUGUCCUCGCCAUGUACAAACAGCUGAGACCAGGGGACUCUGGGGACCCGGGGGAACCUGUGAGCCCGAUCCAGCUGUUCGAGUUCUUACUGGGAAACGCGGAUGUCUCCGAGUUACCGGACUCUUCGGUCCCGUCCACUCCGUCUCGUAAAAGCGGACCCUGCAGCUCGCAGGUGACGGUGGCGGUGCGGCGGGUUUUCUGCUCCUAUCUGAACCUGCUGGUGAACGCCAGGAGCGACAUGGCCGCCGCGCUGACCCUCGACGUCCCCGCCCGCGCUCUCGGCCGCCAGGCGUUCACCGACCUGAAGCACGCCGCUCGCGACGCCGACACCUCUCUGUUCCUGGCCGCGACGUCUUUCGUGAGGGCCGUGCAGCUGGGAGGGAAGGGCUACGCUCCAGCCGGGUCCGACCCGCUGAGGAGACACGUCAAAGGCCUGUCGGACUUCGUCCAGUUCCUGGACAGCCUGCAGGACGUGCUGGGAGAGGUUCCCGACCCGAGCGCGUGUGGCGCCCGCCUGGUGACGGCCAUCAGGGCGGCGCUGGUGAAGGGACGCGGCGGCGAGGACGGCGUGCGCGUCGCCGCCGAGGAGACGGCCGAGCAGCUGAAGGAGAGGAUCUGCCUCCUCCACCGGCUGCAGGAACGGACGGCUGCCGGCGGCGGGUCGGGCGUCAGCCCCGCCAGGCCAAAGGCCUACGCGGUCAACCACUGCACCGCGUACGGAGGGCGGGACACCGUGAAGGUGCUGAUGGCGCUGCUGGACGAGGAGGCGCUAGCGCCGCCGCGUCGGAACAAGGCGGACCUGCUGUCGGAGGACCAGCCCGUCCUCGGCGGGGCCGAGGGGACCUGCGUCCUCGCCCUCUACAGAUCCCCCGAAGUGUCUACUGGACGCUCUCCAGAACCUCUGAAGAGCCGCGUGCAGAGCCGACUGGACCUGCUCAAACCCAAGGCCAAAGAGAGAGGAAUUCGAUCCCAGUUUGCCUGCACGUACAAAGACGACGAGAUGCCACUGAGCCGCGUGCUGGAGUUCCCCAGCGGCAGCCAGGUGCCUACCUGCGUUCACCCCGCCCCCAAGCACCUGACCCCCCCAUCUCCGGAGGAAGAGUGUCGCCCUGACGUGAAGGCGACGCCCGAAGCCGAGUCUCCCGCCGAGCGCCAGAGUCGGGGCCCCCCUCCGCCCCCCGGCGGCGUGCAGCCGAGAAGCGGAAACAUCAGAAGCGGCGGCGCGGACGAAGCCGCCCCCCGGGGGCAGCGGCGGGGCAGCAAGAGGAAGCAGGCGGAGUCCGAGCGGCGCGGCGGCGGCGGCUCGGAGAACGAGCCUCCGGGGAAGAGGGCGCUCGUGGCGCCCGGCGAGAAGGUCGCCAAGGCCCCGAGUAGGAAGAAGAAGAAGAAGAAGGAGAAGCUGAUCGCCGGACAGGGGAAGCUCACCAGCUUCUUCAGGCUCUGACCCGACCGCUCGCUCGCUCCGUUUCAACGAGCACCUCGUUUUGGACGCGUCCAUCGGCUCGCUCGCUGAAAGGCGUUUUCGCUUCACCUGAGCCGAGAACGGUGUGAAUGGCCGACGUGGUUGUGCUUAACAACAAGGUGCAGAAAGUUAAUUAGUUCAAAUGAGCUCCAAGGAGACUGAAAUAGUUUCCACUUAUUGCACUUUCUUAGGCAAACUAAUCUAUCCGGGCUAGCAUGUAGCAUGUAGCAUACGGUUUUAUUCCGCUAAACAAGCCAUCAUGCCUGGGGGGGGGUGGAAUUCAAUCAUGCUCCAUUCAUGUUCUCAUUUAACACUCGGCACUUUAAGAAAGUGAAUAUUUUUACUCAAAUGUUGUUGUUUUUGACCAUUCAGUGGUGUGUAAAAUAAAUCUUGACACUUUUCCAUUUCAAUAAACAUUUAUUUUCUUUUACAUGUUUGUGAUCCCUCCUCCCUGAUCCCAAGCAAUGCACUUCACUGUUUACACACACACACACACACACACACACACAUGGGCGCGUUUACAAGUAGGUGAUGGACCGUGACGGACGAAUGGUGGACUGCUGUCGCUCGUCGAGGUUGACUUUCCACAUGCGUAAUGAAAGACCGUAAACUCUAAGGGUCACGAGCUGCUUACA